AUGGCAGCCCUUGUCAAGGACGUCAACUCCACCUCGCCCGCCGACAAGAUGGCUCCCUCUACACUCGACCUGUUUAUGUUGACGUUCAAUUGCGCCAAGAACUUUAUCAAUGUAGCUGUUUUUGCCUCCCACCUGCACACAGCCUUUCAACAGAAUGCUACAGGCCUUCCAGACCUCGUCGUCUUCUCUCUGCAGGAGUUCGCUCCGUUAUCGUAUUCCUUCAUCGGCGGCUACUUUCUGAGUCCAUACUUUGCUCGAUACGAAGAGGCCCUGAACCUCGCCGCGACACGGUACACGUCGGGCACCAAUGAUGGCUCAGAUGACGACACAAUCACGGUGCAGCCCACACCUCCGGCACCCGUGCGGCCUUACACACUCGUGCGGGCUCGUAAUGUCGGAAUGACUGGCAUCAUGCUCUUUGCACGUAACCCUGAGGCAAUUCUCCGAGUGCAGGAGGCGGAGGUCGGCUUCGGCGCGGCAGAGAUGGGAAACAAGGGCGCCGUUGCUCUCCGUGUCUUGUACGAAGGGAAGGCGGCAGACGGAGGCAAGAAGGAGACGGAGCUUACCUUUGUGGCUACGCAUCUCGCGGCCAUGGAGUGGAACUUGCCCCGGAGAAACGCCAACUGGGCAGCCAUCAUGCGUGGGCUGACCUUCGAGAACCCCGAAAACAUUCUGAGUCCAAAGAAGAACGCACUCCGUGCUGCAGCAAACGGAGAAGGUCAGAAUGAGGAUAAUGGCGAGGAGGGACUGCACCUGCUCCAUGGCGAGCAUCACGCACAAAACCUGGCUCUCCAAGAACGCUUACAGGAGAUCUCCGUCUUCAAGCCGAGCUCCCACCUUUUCGUCGGCGGCGACCUUAACUACCGCAUCUCUACGACAAGCCCGCCGCCGAUGGCGACAUUCCCCAGCUUGGACCCCGAGAGCGAGCACCACUACUCCCGCUUCUUCAUACUGGACCAGCUGACGCGAGAGCGCCAGGCUGGCCGAACUCUGCACGGCAUGAGCGAAGCUGAAGUCAAGUUCCCCCCUACCUAUAAGUACACAGUCCUACCUCCAGAUCACAGCCGUGUCAAGGUCGACGGCGUGGAGGAUGUGCCGUGGGUGUUUGCUCCUCACCGUUACCCCGGCUGGACGGACCGUAUCCUCUUCCUUGACGUCCCCUCUUGGGUCAAAUCUAAACCGCAAAAGGUUGAUGUAAAGGCGUACGAUGCGAUGCCCGUUGUUCGGAGCUCAGAUCAUAGGGCCGUGUACCUGCGAGCCGCAGUGCCGCUUCUAACGGAGGAAGAGCUGGCACCGACGUCAGUGGAGUCGACGGGCGGCGCCGUGGACCCACGCCUUGUGCUGCCGGUGGCUAUCGAUCCGGAGGCCUGGGAGAGGCGAGCAGCAGCGAGAAGGAAAGAGAUGCUCGUCGGCUGGAGCAUGUUCCUAUGGUCUACUAAACAGGGAGCGUUGGUGCUCGCCACGCUUCUCGCUGUGGGAGCUAGUGCUUGGUGGCUAAGCCAGUGA